AAGCUGGCCAUCGCGCUCACUUUCCCAUGAGCACAGCAAUAACUUGUUUAACAUUUUUAUGUCGAAAGAAAGGGGUGCCGACUUAGAACCAUUUGAAAAAUCAAGGUCAGGGAAAACACCAUUUUCGAGUGAUGAGUUAUAAAUCAGCAUAAGAGGGUGAGUGAUAUCUGCAAAAUGGCCAGGAAUCAAAUUUAUGUGGACUUCAAAUCUACCAAAAGCGUUCACAAAGAGGAAGCCAAAAGUGCACCGUAAUAAAGUUCUACAGUGAUGACGUCACAUAAAUUUUUUUUAGAAUUUUUUAAUUUGGAUCCCAUAACCUGAAAGAGCAUCAUGAAAUACCUCUAAAUUUGCAAAAUCAGGCAAGUGUCUUACGAAAUGACAGAGAUAUGACCACAUUUUUAUUGGUUCUUUCCCCAUCAAACCUCUGUAUUUUGGUCUCUGUUCAUAACUUUAUGAACAGAGCCAAAAUAACAGUGAUUCGUUAGCAAACUUCAAAUCUUUCAUUAGCCUUAUCUCAACCGAUUUUAGACAUAUUUGGCCAAUUUUGCGUAUUUCAAAGUAUUUUAUGGUGAUCUUUUACGCUAUGUGGUUAAAAUUCAAAAAUUCUAUAAAAAGGUUUUGAUGACGUCACACUUCAAACUCUAUAGAGUUGAAUGCUUAUAAAGAUCGUUAUUCGUAGACCUCAAAUCAUCAAAUUGUAUUACCAAAAGUUCCUUAAAAUAGUUCCUUAAUUUGUUUUGAUAACAACAAGACUUAACACUUAAUAUAGAGGGGGGCGAGACAGCAUAUGCGGAAGCUGUCUCGCCCUUGAAUAGCAAUGAUGAAGCACUUGACACAUGAAUAGCAAACAAUCUAUGCGAGUAUUGGCUGCAAAUGAAUGGAACCGGCUUUUUAGUUCUUGAUGCUUGCAGUUAUAAAAAAUUUUCAAAAUUUCCCUAGGGAUUUCGUUUUUAGAAGUAUAAUUUCUUUAAAUAUUUUGGCAUGUAGGUUCCUUAUAAAACAAAAAGCGUGUAACAACAUAUCUUCCUUGCAGGGCCGUCGCGAGGCAAUCCUUAUUGAAGGUGUGGACUGCGAAUUUACCUGAUUAAAAAAUAAUUGCCUGAAAUUCUUUAGUUCCUGACACAAACCUUUGCAAUACAUGUUGCCAUCUAACUCUGUGACAUAUAAUUCGCAACUUCCAUUUAUAUGAUAAAAAGGGCUUUCCUAACAGCUUUGUCUAAUCUGUAUAUCGGGAUGGGCAAAGGAUGAAGAUACCACCCGGGGUGCCCUGCCUUAGACACUGCUGCCAUGUUUGGGGGUGAUGUUGGUGAAACCCUUCUAGAUAAAAUUCGAAAGUUACAAAACCUUGCAGCCAGAACAGUUACAGGAUGUCGAUACGACCCAUCAGCCUAAUUGGUGCUCUUGGAUGGCCCAUGGUCAGGGAUUUACUCCAUCUUGAAACCCUAAAGAUGGUUUCAAAUCAUGGUAUGGUGUUCAUGCAUAUUAAUAUUCAUCAUUAUCCCUAUGAAAAGAUUAUAUAAACUACACAGAAUUCCGAUAAUCUACACAUACCGUAAAAGCUCUGUUAUGCCCCCGGGGGCCUUAUUCAUUUUUUUUCAGUCCUAGAAGGGGGACUUAAAAGAGAGGGGGGCUUAAUAGAGAGGGCGGCUUAGUAGAGCUUUUACGGUACCGCUGAACCCCUCUAGCAAUAAACUCUCUGGGUACUCCCAUUUCGUUGACUCUAAUACUUUGCUGAUUUUAAAGAUGGAAGUAUGAGCCUUUAGGCUUUAGGAAGGACAUGUCUAAAAACAAAAAAGGAGCGAAUCUCUUUUAUGUCGCUCUAUUGGCCUCCAAAUCCUGCCGUUUUUAUAAACAUAUUGCACCUGGUGUUUUAUAAAUAAUUGCAUUAGGAUUUUUACAAAUGUGAGUUUACUGAGGAAGCAAGGUAAGUUAUAAAUGCAGACAGUCACAUCUUACUAACUAGAGUUUGAAAAUGAACCACCCAUUCUUGAUGAUAAAAAUACGAUGUAACCGUAAAUCCUCACAUGUUUUAUUUAUUGUCAAGGAUAUUGUUUUGGUAAAUCAAGUUUCUAUUUGAAAAACGUUCUGAAAAAGCCAAAUUAAGCCAAAUUCUAGCUUUAACCAAUUCAUUUUUUCAAAGCCAAACAUGUUCUGGAAAAGCCAAAUUUCAGAAAUUUGGCUUAGAAAAAGCCAAGUUGGCAGCCCUGAAGGGUCAUGAAAGUGCCAUACAGUCCCUGAAACUGAAAGCUGUCUCAGUAGACACCAGACAGUAGAUUGUUUGAGCUAUCUUGUUAAAAAGUGAUAUAUGGUUUUGAAGGUGCCUCGCUGUUGAAGGGCAGUAGCCGUUGAUGCAUUCCAAUUGUUGUUAUUUUGCUGGAGUUUUGGUAUUUAUUGAAAUCUAACCAAAUGUAUUGCGCUGAUGUGUGUUUGGGUCUUAGAGAUUGGCUUACUGGUUUCAAUAUUCCCCAAUUACCCGAUUCCCCGAUUCCCCAAUUACCCGAUUCCCCGAUUUCAGAUUAGUAGUAAUUUUCAUUCACUGAAUUCAGCAAUUAAAUGGCUAGUGUUUCAAACCUCUAGCACCUAUGUGUUAAUCACUGGGGUGUGUGGGCUUGUCUGGUGCUAAAUUUAGCAACAAUUGCACACAUGUUAUAAAUGCGUUCCCAACGAAAAGCAGGUCACUUUGGAGGACUGUCGGCAGAAAUACCAGUAACAAAAUGGCACGAAUGGUGCCCAAUUUCGAUGAGUUCGACUCUCUUACUUUAUUUGGGAUAUGCCGACAGUUCACAGAGAACAUCCCCGACACAAUUGCCUGGUGUCGGCGGAAUGGGCUGCUUGCGCGAAGGCUGUUGUGCGAGAACUGUCAUGUGGAAUGUGUCGAGGGUGCCCUCAAUAGAUGCCUAGAUGGAGUGACAUGGAGGUGCCCACAAUGUCGGAGAAGGUUUAACGUGCGGAAGGGGAGUUUUUUUGAAGGCUCGAAGCUCCAGUUAUGGCAAGUAAUAGGUCUUACAUAUUUCUGGAGCCUAGACUGUGGACGAGAUCGGGGCCUGUCGCAAAAGCAGAUCCUAAAAGAACUGGAAAUUAAAAGCGAGCACACAGUGGUGGACUGGAAGCAAUUCUGCCGCGAUGUCUGUGUGGAGCACUUCCUAAACAACCCACAGCAAAUUGGAGGACCUGGCCGAAUCGUUGAGAUCGACGAGAGCCUGUUCUCCAAAAGAAAGUAUAAUCGCGGCAGAAUUCUUCCACAAAAUUGGAUCUUUGGAGGCUAUGACCCGGUCGACAAAAAAGGGUUCCUGGUUCCAGUUCCGCGAAGGGAUGCCGUGACCCUAUUACCCAUCCUUCAAACGUGGGUAGUGCCUGGCUCAAUUGUCUGUUCGGACAUGUGGCAGGCAUAUAAUCAAGUAGGGAACAUCGGCUAUCAACAUCGGACUGUGAACCACACCUACAAUUUUGUCGACCCGGUCACCAGGACCACUACAAAUCAUGUAGAAGCGAUGUGGCAGCGGGCGAAGAAUAAAUUCAAGUCCCAGCAUGGGUCAACAAAUCGGGAGCUCAUACCAGACUACUUGGCGGAGUUCAUGUGGUUGCAGAGAUUCAAGGAAAGUCCAUUUUACCAUCUUUGGCAUCAAAUCGCAACAGAACUGUACGUUGUUUAAGUAUUUUCUUUCCGAUGUCUCUUUGAAUCUCUGUAGUAUAUGAAUUCCACCAAGUAGUCUGUAAUUAGCUCUAGUUUGUUGACCCAUUUUUUGACUUGCAUUUGUUAUUCGCCUUUGCCUGUUGGGGAGACGAGUGAAUAUUUUUUCGUAACGUCAUAAAUUAUCUGAAAAUGCAAAAGUGCAAAGGCGCGUCUCCCCAGCAACAGCCCAUCGCCCCCUUUGUAGUCGCUAAAAUACACAUAUAAUCCCACCACAUAUCAAAUCAAAGGACCCUGUACAUUUAACCCGACUCUCCUUGCUUGUUACCAGUUUCCUUACUUUACACGAUAGGAUAUUUGUUUGAUAUUAUAUCAGAAAAUUACAGUCUGUUUCCAGCUCCGCAAAUUUUGAAAAGAAUUCACUUGUCUUGAAAAAAAUGUUUUUCAUGUAUUAUAUUUGCGUUGAGUUUAAAUUGCUGAUUUUUGUAUUUUGUUAAAUUUGCUAACGCUGUAAGUUAGACUUGCUGAUUAUAUAUUUAACUGUUUUGUUAGAUUUUUAUGUUUUAUAUAUAUACUUUUUUGCUACUGUACAAUUUCAACAUCGUUAAUAAUAAUAAAAAUUUUUAAUAAUAAAAAUGUUUUCCAUGUAUUAUAUUUGCGUUGAGUUUAAAUUGCUGACUUUUGUAUUUUGUUAAAUUUGCUAACGCUGUAAGUUAGACUUGCUGAUUAUAUACAAUGUUCAUAACUAAAUGGAUCAAUUUUGGUCAAUAACAUCUGUUAACGUUAAGAAACUUAGGCACUUGGUGCACUCAAAUUAAUGACGUCACUUUCAAUUAACUAUGACGCGUUUGCGUUUCCGAAGGCUUCCGGCCUUGAACUAUGCGGCCGCGGCUGUACAUUAGGUUGUUUACUGCAGCGUUAAUGGCGGGCCUCACGUCUGCUGUUCGGUGGAUUUUAGAUUUAUUUUCAGUGAUGUGCUGAUGCUGGUUCUUGGUUUUACUCUGAUUUCUGUUUAUUUUGUGUCAAACGGGAAUGUGUUUUGCUACUGUCUCUAUGUUCGACUCGUUUACAGUGAUUUGGGGGUAAACAAUGAUGGCCGACAGUUGAUCGAUGGUACGAGUGAAACGUAAUUUUGUUAUAACUUUGCGAAACAUCAACCUAUGAACCUAUAGAUGGUCUCAUAUUAAUGGAAACAUUGAAUGCUAUCGUUUGGUAUAUAGUUAACCUAUAUAGGACCUAUAGAUCCUGAGAGGUACGUUA